GUACGCAGGAAUUACGUAAUACGUAGAGGCGACGUUGUCUCUAUGGCUGCAGAGGACGCGAAGAGCUUGCUGCUAAUUAUUUAGAGGUGCUAACCCCAUCCGUACCAUCAGUACUGCCAGAUAACGAUCGGCCACAGUCGUUGUGAGAGACGCUGCUGCAAAAAGAAGACGAUGUAUCACAGAGAGAAGAGCAUCCAGAUCAAAAACAGCGCCUCGUCGCUGUACAACAACCUGAGCGUGCAGCGCAUCGCCCCGCGGCGCCUCACCUAUUUCACGGUGGUCCAUGCUAACGUGGUGAACAUGGUCAGCGCCUCCUGGGACGGCCUCAACUACUCCCACCGUCAGCUGCAGUCCAAGGAGCCGAAUGUCGCCACAAGCACAUCGCUCAUCAUGCAGGCUGCAUUUUGUGUUCUGCCUUCUCGUGACUUGCUGGUCGUGACCUCCCAGAAAGGCAUCCAGAUGUAUGAAUCUGAUGGCUCCAUCAUGGUGUACUGGCAUGCAUUGGAUACUCCAGAAACACCUACAGCUCAGGCCGUGUUUGCUCGAGGGAUAUCAGCAGUGUGGCAGAAUUAUAUAUGUGUGGGUGUUUCAUCUGGUUCAAUUCUAGUAUUUGACGUCCCCAGCAAAGGCAGUAAUAUCACCUUGUCUGAGGUCCUAGAGGAACACAAGGAGUCCAUCACUGAUCUGGCUUCGGAGUGCUCAGGCAGUCAGGAGUGCAUAGCUGAUCUGGUUAGUGCAGAUGAUGCUGGGAAUCUAUGUGUGUGGAAGUCUGGGGAGGAAUUUCAGCUACUGAACAAGAUCACUGGCUUUGAUAUGACCUGCUCAUCUGUCAAGCUGUGGAAAGGUACAGUGGUUGCAGGCUACGGCACAGGUCAGAUCCGCAUUUAUGAGGCUGUGACCGGAAUUCUGCAUGCUGAAAUUAAUGCCCAUGCUCGCUGGAUAUACUCGCUCGAUAUUGCUCCUUUUUCGGGGCUGCUCCUUUCUGCAGCUGAGGACUCUUUGGUCAGGGUGUGGCACCUCACUCUCACCCCAGAGACCAACAGUGUGGAGGUUGCACAUUUGCACAAUGAGUGUGUGACAGACACACAAAUCUGCGGGGCCAAGUUUUGUGAUGGCGAUGGUUAUGCUUUUGCAGUGACAGGCUAUGACCUGAGUGAGAUUAUUCGCUACACACAGACAUAGGACUUUAAUCCAAUCAUAGCAAAAUGUAUGAAUGUGAAUUUGGUAUGUCAGAGUUUAUGUGGAAAGACAUGAAAACCCAGAGAUUAUGGUCAAAACUGCUAGAUUAUGGUCAGGUUGAAAUACAAGUGUUGUUUUUUAAAUAGAAGUCUUUUGAAAUAAGCAUUAUUUAACAGUACUUCUGUAUCUACAUCUACAAAGAAAUUAAUAUUUAAGUUUUACGUGUAUGUAAUGUAAUAAAAUAUUCUAUUAUUCUU